AAUCCCAGGGGCAAUAGUAGGGGUAUAAAAGCUCUCAUUGCGCCGGAGCUUGGCAUUCAGAAACUUUUCAGAUUGCCAACCAUGAAGCUGUUUGCCCUGUGCUGCCUCCUAUUCUUGGGUCUUCUCUCCUGCCUGCCCACUUCCACAGUGGCCUUGCCAUCUCGUCACACUGGCCCUGGUUCUGGAUCUAGUUAUGGAUCCGGCAAUCCCUUCAGAAAUCUAGGCCCAGCGCAACGACCAAUUAUCUACGACUCACCGGUCGGCAAACCAUCCAAUACCAUGUACGCUUAAACGAUAACAAUAAAACAUUAAAAGAUUUGUAACAGCAGAA